GCUCCGCGUAUCGGUUUCCUUAGGGAUUUAACGCUGCUCGAGUCACAGUCACCUUUUGUUUGUUUGCUUUCGGCUCUUUAAACUGGCCGGGUAACAAACUUUAAAAAGCCCUCCCACUUUCGAGAUCCGCUUUCCCCUCCCUUCCCUAACCCGCCCCCAGAAGCAACUUCCCAGGCCAGAGUGCGCAGGCACCAACCCAACGAAAGCCCAACACGUGCGCGCACGCGCGCCCGUUUCCCGGUUCCCCACUCCGUCCUCUCGCGAGAAGAAAGUUCUGUAGGGCCCUGUCUUCCCAACCUCCCCUUCCCUUUCUUUCAUUCCACCUUGCUCCUGAGGUCUAGUUUUCACGUUUUGAUUGGCCUCCUGCCCCUGGGUUGGGCAUCAGCGAGUUCACGUAAUUGUGCGCCGGCGCAGUGAAAGCUAGCGCCGGCCUGCGGCUGCCGCAAGUUGAGCAAGGUAAGUUUGUGUGUGUUCUUUUAUUUUUCUUCUCCGGAGAAUGGACGGAGCUUCCACCGCCUGCCGGACUGGGGGAAGGCGCGAGCCUCACGGAGCGUGCGAGGAAAGAUGCAAAGAGAACAGAGUUCUCCUUCCCUCAUUGAUAGAACCAUCAAGAUGAGAAAAGAAACUGAAGCUAGAAAAGUGGUUUUAGCUUGGGGACUCCUAAAUGUUUCUGUGGCUGGCAUGAUAUAUACUGAAAUGACUGGGAAAUUGUUAAGCUCCUACUAUAAUAUUACAUACUGGCCCCUCUGGUAUAUUGAGCUUGCGCUUGCAUUUCUCUUCAGCCUGAAUGCCUUAUUCGAUUUCUGGAGAUACUUCAAAUAUACUGUAGCACCUACAAGUCUGGUCAUCAGUCCUGUACAGCAAACACUUUUAGGAUUGAAAACAAGUUGUGUUGUGCAAACCACUCCACCACGAGAACUGGUGGUAAACAAUAUCCCUCCAUCUACACCCUCUCCUCCAAUCCAGGGUCAGAGCGUGUUGAGUUAUAGCCCGUCUCGAUCUCCUAGCACCAGCCCCAAGUUUACAAUGACAGGAUAUAGCCCUCAACUGCAAGGUCUCUCAUCUGGUGGCAGUAGUUCUUACAGCCCUGGAGUGACCUACUCACCUGGAAGUAGUUAUAGUAAGGUGUCUGGUUAUAGUCCUUCCCCUGGUUCUUCACCAUAUCCUACAACCAUUGGUCCUGCAGAAAGCUCUGGAUUGAGAUCUCGGUACCGGGCUUCUCCAACUGUCUAUAACUCCCCAACUGGCAAAGAGGACUACAUGACAGAUCUCAGAGCCCUCGACAGUUUUCUUCGAGGGGAAGAAGAGAAGCAGCAUAGGGUUCAGCUGGGGAGUACAGAUUCUACCUCGCCUUCUAGCAGUCCUACUUUCUGGAACUAUAGUCGUUCUGUGGGCGAUUAUGCACAGACGCUAAAGAAAUUUCAAUACCAGCUGGCUUGCAGAUCUCAGGCCCCAUGUGCUAACAAGGAUGAAACUGAUCUUGGUUCUAAACAGGCGGCAGAAGAGGUGUGGGCAAGAGUGACUAUGAAUCGACCACUUCUUGAUCAUAUGGAUUCAUGGACUGCAAAGUUUAGAUAUUGGAUCAAUGAGACCAUAUUAGUACCACUUGUUCAGGAAAUUGAUUCUGUCAGUACACAAAUGAGAAGAAUGGGCUGCCCAGAGCUACAGAUAGGAGAAGCUAGUAUUACUAGCUUGAAACAAGCUGCCCUGGUCAAAGCCCCACUCAUUCCAACUUUGAAUACUAUAGUGCAAUAUCUAGACCUUACACCAAACCAGGAAUACUUAUUUGAAAGGAUAAAAGAGCUCUCCCAAGGUGGAUGCAUGAGCUCAUUCCGAUGGAAUAGAGGUGGGGAUUUCAAAGCACGAAAAUGGGAUACAGACCUGCCCACUGAUUCUGCUAUCAUUAUGCAUGUAUUUUGUACUUACCUUGACUCUAGACUCCCUCCGCAUCCUAAGUAUCCUGAUGGAAAAACAUUUACUUCUCAGCACUUUGUUCAGACACCCAAUAAACCAGACAUUACAAAUGAAAACGUUUUUUGCAUCUACCAGAGCAACAUUAAUCCACCCCAUUAUGAGCUAAUUUACCAGGGUCAUGUCUACAGUCUUCCAAAGGAUAGAAAUAACAUGUUCCAUACGUUAUUAAUGUUCCUGUACAUAAUAAAGACCAAGGAAUCAGGAAUGCUUGGGAGGGUUAAUCUUGGUCUUUCAGGAGUGAAUAUUUUGUGGAUUUUUGGAGAAUAGGACUCCUGUUGUUAGUCUGAAAAAGGACAUAUUCCACACUCCAAACAAAAUGAAAGCUAGAAAAAGAAAGUGUUGUUGUCAUCUUCCUCAACGAAAAAGUCAUCAACUUUGGCUUACAUGCAUUUCAGGUUUUUGUAAAUUGUCUGCCAUGGAUAUUGCUCUCUAGAAUUUCUUUGAAGAAAAGUGUGUUAUCUUUUUAAUAAACUAGGGUAGGUUUUAUUUGUUUGGGUUUGUUUUAUUUUGUUUUUCACUUUGCGAGGGGCCUCAGAAAUGAAAAUCCAUAGGAUUGCAAAACCAUAUACUAAUUUCAUAAUCCUUUUUCAGUUUCUGGCAUAGGUUUGUAACUUAAAGACAGGAAAUUGCGGACUCAUUUGGUAAUUUAUCUCCUUAUUUCCCUUCUGUCUUAUGAAUCACCAAAGAAACCCAUAAAAGCUUCCUCAACUCUUUUUUUUUUUUUAAACCCUUACCUUCCGUCUUGGAGUCAAUACUGUGUCUUGGCUCCAAGGCAGAAGAGCCGUAAGGGCUAGGCAAUGGGGGUCAAGUGACUUGCCCAGGGUCACACAGCUGGGAAGUGUCUGAGGCCAGAUUAGAACCUAGGACCUCCCAUCUCUAGGCCUGGCUCUCAAUCCACUGAGCUACCCAGCUGCCCCCAUCUCAACUCUUUUUUUAAAACCGAUUCAUCAGAGAUAGGAAUACUAGUAAAAAUUUUUACAAUAUCAACUCCAAAGUCUCUGAAUUUAAGUUAAAUUUGCAAUUUUGACAGCAUUUCACUCAUUCAGUUCUUUAGUUAAGCUUCUCAAGAGUAUUGGGGAUUAAUGAGUAAGAAAAAAUGUUAUAUAUAACAUUUAUUUUUAUAUAUAUAUAAACAUAUAACAGUUUUUAGUGGCUCAUUCACAAUAUUGAACUAUCUGAAUAUAGCUGUCUUUUUUUUUUUAACCCUUACCUUCUGUCUUGGAGUCAAUACUGUGUAUUGACUCCAAGGCAGAAGAGUGGUAAGGGCUAAGCAAUGGGGGUCAAGUGACUUGCCCAGGGUCACACAGCUAGGAAGUGGCUGGGUCCAGAUUUGAACCUAGGACCUCCCAUCUCUAGGCCUGGCUCUCAAUCCACUGAGCUACCCAGCUGCCCCCUAUAGCUGUCUUUUAAGCUUUAAAUAUCAGUCUGUCUUUUAAAAAGACUUGGGAUGGGGGGAUUAUUAUUGCCAAAAGGAAAUGCAUUUUUUUUGCUUUCUUCCAUAGCUGAAAAAGGAAUAGAUUGUAGUGUGAUAGUGGAGACUAGGAGCCAGCAUGGGUUUGUUAAGAAUGUCUUCCCAAACAAGUUUCAUCUCCCAUUUUUUUAAUAUUACUACAACUAGGGAAUUCUGUACCAUACCUGGGUUUCUGCAAGUCUUUUGACAGUCUGAUUUUGAAACUUGUGGACAAGGUGAAAAAAUAUGAGUGCUAAUCUCAUUAGAUAUAUCAGUUGUCCUAGAGGAAGAACUCUAGCAACAAGACUCUGGCUUCACCUGUUUUUAUCAGUGAAUUCAAUGAAUAAUAUUCAAUAAAUGUUAUGUUUAUAAGAUAGCUAAUAGGCUUGAUGAUAUAUUGGGAAAUAAAAUCAUGUAAUUGCCCUUGGUAAAAUGAAGGGCUAGAUUAAGCACAAUAUGAAUUGUUAGUGAGAAUGGCAGCUUAAAAAAACUCAUGGGAUUUUAGGGUGUAUUUUCACUUUUCUAUAGUGCUUUAAAGUUUACAAAGCAUUUUUCUUACAGCAACCCUAUGAGGUACAUUAAUGCAACUGUUACCUCAAUUUUGCCCAAGAGACACAGAAAGGUCAUAUAACUUGACUGUAGUUACAGCGCUCCUACCACUGUACUUCUUCUCCAGUAGCCUUCAGUGUCCAAAAAAGAGAGUGACUGUCAGCUCAUCAACUUUUACUCUACUUGGAUCAGAUUAGACCUGAUGUCUUUGAUUCUGGGCACAAACCAGCCUGUUUUGCUAUACAUACAGAAAUACUUGCUUGUCUUAGGUUAAUAACAGAAUGAACUGUGAACUACAGUUGUUUUUUUAAAAGUUAAAAUUUGUCAGAUUUCAAUGGGUUGUGCUUGAAAAUAUUGUAAAACAAUUGGCAAGAAAAUGUAUAUGUAAUUUGUUUUAAAGCGUUUAAACCCAGAAUGAUCGAUGAUCAAGCAUUUCCUUUUCCUUCUACCCAGGAUUUUUAAGAAAUUAGACCCAUGACAGAUUUUUACUUCUAUUGCUAGCAACAUUCCAUCUCUAGCAAAAAUUUACAAUAAACAUAAAAUUUAAAAACUGACUAGAUGAUGUACUUGAAAACAAAAGAUGUUUUCCGUGUGUGUGUUAAGGCAUUCUGCAAACUAUUACUGAACUGUGGUUGGUGUGGGCUUCAACAUGUGUUUUUAUUUCUGUUAGCCUUUUAGUAUUAUUACUGCCAUUGAGAACACUGGAAAACAGUUCUGAGUCUGAACUUCUGGAGAACGCCAGUGUAGUAAUGGUGGUGCCUUUUUUAAGUGAAAGUUUGGAUUACAUUUGUACAUUUGUAUGUGGUUUUCUCUUAAUUUGUAAGAAUUAAAAACUGUCUAAAAUGUGUCACUUCAA